AUGAUUCUGUCAGUGUUCGGAUACUUCUUCGGAAGAAAGACCGAUGUUAAUGGUAAUUUAAUUCGAGAAUACUCCACCAAUAACAAAUCAUUAGAUGUGAAUUCUUUUAACCCUAGAUUACAAGCAAUUUUUAAACAAUUAGAUUCUAUUUGUCCCAGAUUCACGUUAAGUACGAAAGAAAUAGAGAUCCUAAAUGAUCCUAAACAAUUCUAUUCCACAUUAAAGACCAAGAUUUUGAAUUCUAAGGAACGUAUCUUCUUGAGUAGUUUAUAUGUUGGUAAAGGACAAAAAGAAUUGAUUGAUUGUUUAGGACAAGCGUUAGAAGCAAAUGAUGAUUUGAAAGUUUCAAUCUUAACUGAUGCCUUAAGAGGUACCAGAGAAGCACCUAAAGAAUUUUGUUCUGCCAAUUUAUUAGUACCCUUAGUGGAAAAAUUUGGUAAACACCGAAUAGACAUUAGAAUGUACCAUACACCUCAUUUGAAAGGUUUCACCAAAAGUUUGGCCCCUAAAAGAAUUAAUGAAGCUUGGGGUUUACAACACAUGAAAUUAUAUGGAUUCGAUGAUGAAAUCAUUUUAUCUGGUGCCAACUUAUCCGAAGAUUACUUUACUGAUAGACAAGAUAGAUAUUAUGUCAUUAAAAACAAAUCUGUGACUAAUUAUUAUAAUUCUAUCCACAACGCUGUCAGUUCAUUAUCUUAUCAGAUCCUUCCAUCAACUAAAAAUCCAUCAGGAUUCUUGAUGGAUUGGCCAACCAGUAAUAAAUCUUGUGAACCUCAUUUAAACAUUGCUAGAUUCAUAAACGAUUCUUCCUUUUUAUUAGAACCUUUGUUGAAGCAACAUGAUUUAAAGAAUUUCGAUGAGUUCAAUGAUGAACAUGAAUUCGAUACUAUCUUAUACCCAGUAUCACAAUUUACUCCAUUAUUGAAUCCAAAUAAUGAUAUUUCCACAGAAAAGCCGGUGAUUUUAAGACUUUUAACUUUCUUAGAUUCUCCUAAAAUCAAAUGGUGGUUUACUGCUGGUUACUUCAAUAUGUUACCAGAAAUUCAGACCAAAUUAAUCAAUGGAAUGGCCGAAGGUUUGAUAAUAACAGCUUCAGCUAAAGCGAAUUCUUUCUAUAAAUCCAGUGGUGUAUCUUAUUAUAUCCCAGAAGCUUAUCUUUUAAUAGCCAAAAAAUUCUUACAAGACAUUAAGAAUAAAUCAAAGGAAAAUUUAAUCAAAUUAUUUGAAUGGCAAAAUGGUGUGGUCAAUACUCCAGGAGGUUGGUCAUAUCAUGCUAAAGGUAUCUGGAUCACAACCCCUGAUGAUCCUCUUCCUUCUAUAACCAUUAUUGGAUCUUCCAAUUAUACUAAAAGAGCUUAUUCUUUAGAUCUUGAAAGUAAUGCUGUUAUCAUCACUAAAGAUCCAGAAUUGAAACAGAAAAUGAAAGACGAAAUCGACCAUUUGUUACUCCAUGCCAAACAAUUACAUGUAGAGGACUUUGAGCCAAAAACUGUAGGAUAUGAGAAAGAUGAAAAUGGUCAAGAGAUCAUGGACAAACCCAUUAAAGAAGUUAACCCCGAUAGAAGAAUCAGUUAUGGUGUUCAUUUGGGACUUAAGGUCAUUGGUGGCAAGUUAUAG